AUGCCUGAGAAGACCGCACAGCCCAUGAUGGAGGAGGAAGUCGAGACCUUUGCCUUCCAGGCUGAGAUUGCUCAGCUGAUGUCUCUGAUCAUCAAUACAUUCUACUCAAACAAAGAGAUCUUCCUCAGAGAGCUCAUCUCUAACUCAUCAGAUGCCUUGGACAAGAUUAGAUACGAGAGUUUGACAGACCCAAGCAAACUAGACUCUUGCAAAGACCUGAAGAUUGAACUGAUCCCGGAUCAGUUAACCCGUACACUGACCAUUAUUGACACUGGCAUUGGCAUGACCAAAGCUGACCUGAUCAAUAACCUCGGUACCAUUGCCAAAUCUGGCACAAAGGCCUUUAUGGAGGCUCUGCAGGCUGGAGCUGAUAUCUCCAUGAUUGGCCAGUUUGGUGUGGGUUUCUACUCUGCCUACCUGGUAGCUGAGAAAGUAACUGUUAUCACCAAACACAAUGAUGAUGAGCAAUACAUUUGGGAGUCUGCAGCUGGUGGCUCCUUCACAGUCAAGCCUGACAGUGGUGAGUCAAUUGGCCGUGGCACAAAGGUUAUCCUCCAUCUGAAGGAAGACCAAACUGAAUAUCUUGAGGAGAAACGCAUCAAAGAGAUUGUAAAGAAACAUUCCCAGUUCAUCGGCUACCCCAUCACUCUUUUUGUUGAGAAGCAAAGAGAGAAGGAGGUUGAUCUUGAUGAGGGUGAAAAGGAAGAGGAAGUUGAUGCUGCACAGGACAAAGACAAGCCCAAGAUUGAGGAUGUGGGAUCUGAUGAGGAUGAGGAUACAAAAGAAAGCAAGAACAAAAGGAAGAAGAAGGUUAAGGAAAAGUACAUUGAUGCCCAGGAGCUGAACAAGACCAAACCCAUCUGGACCCGUAACCCUGAUGACAUCACCAAUGAGGAGUAUGGCGAGUUCUACAAGAGCCUUACAAAUGACUGGGAAGAUCACCUGGCUGUCAAGCAUUUUUCAGUGGAGGGUCAGCUGGAGUUCCGGGCUCUGCUGUUUGUCCCCAGAAGAGCUGCCUUUGACCUCUUUGAGAACAAGAAGAGAAGGAACAACAUUAAACUGUAUGUUCGCAGAGUCUUCAUCAUGGACAACUGUGAAGAACUGAUGCCAGAGUAUCUCAACUUCAUCAAGGGUGUGGUAGACUCUGAGGAUCUUCCCCUGAACAUCUCCAGAGAGAUGCUGCAGCAGAGCAAGAUCCUUAAAGUGAUCCGCAAAAACCUGGUCAAGAAAUGCCUGGAGCUCUUCGCAGAGCUCGCUGAGGACAAAGACAACUACAAGAAGUUUUAUGAGCAAUUUUCCAAGAACAUCAAGCUUGGCAUCCAUGAGGACUCACAGAACCGCAAGAAACUUUCUGAGCUGCUGCGCUAUUACACCUCCAACUCAGCAGAUGAGAUGGUGUCUCUCAAAGACUACGUGUCCCGUAUGAAGGAUAACCAGAAGCACAUCUACUACAUCACUGGUGAAACAAAGGAGCAGGUGGCCAACUCUGCUUUUGUGGAGCGCCUUCGUAAAGCUGGCCUGGAGGUGAUUUACAUGAUUGAACCAAUUGAUGAGUAUUGCGUUCAGCAGUUGAAGGAGUAUGAUGGUAAGAACCUGGUGUCUGUGACUAAAGAAGGCCUGGAACUCCCUGAAGAUGAGGAGGAGAAGAAGAAACAGGAGGAACUGAAGGCCAAGUAUGAAAACCUGUGCAAGAUCAUGAAAGACAUCUUGGACAAGAAGAUUGAGAAGGUGACUGUUUCAAACCGUCUGGUGUCGUCUCCCUGCUGUAUUGUCACAAGCACAUAUGGCUGGACAGCCAACAUGGAAAGAAUCAUGAAGUCUCAAGCACUCAGAGACAAUUCUACAAUGGGCUACAUGACCGCCAAGAAACACCUGGAGAUCAACCCCCAGCAUCCUAUCGUUGAGACACUCAGGGAGAAGGCAGAGGCUGAUAAAAAUGAUAAGGCUGUGAAGGACCUUGUGAUUCUGCUGUUUGAAACCGCCCUGUUGUCUUCUGGAUUUACACUGGAGGACCCACAGACACAUGCCAAUCGCAUCUACAGGAUGAUCAAACUCGGUCUGGGCAUUGAUGAUGAUGACACAAGUGUAGAGGACAUUCUCCAGCCUAAUGAGGAAGAUAUGCCAGUCUUGGAGGGUGAUGAUGAUACAUCUAGAAUGGAAGAAGUUGACUAA